GAAUUUACGCUGCAGGUUAGGAUAAUUAACGUAGCAGGUUAGGACAAUAAGGUUAAGGUUAGGAAAACGGUUAGCUAAAAUGCACAAAAAAAGGGGAAAAAAAUAAAAUAAUCACCUUUAGCGGUAUCCCCUCUAGCCAUGACCGCAACCACAUGCUGCUUGGUUGGAUAAACGCAAAAGUAGUUAUGUUAGCUAGCCAGUCGUUUAUUUCUUGGCCAUAUGAUAUACUAACGUUACAUAUUACUAAUGUCAAAACGGGUUUAGCAACAGCAUUAGCUAGCCACGAACAUCAAAACGACAUGUUUACAGUUCAACAACAUAACCAUUACAGUGAGUUAUGGAGGCAUGAGUGGGAUUAUUAUCAACAUUAGAACACGGGGAGUUUGCCACUUAAUACGAAUGUCUAUGGAUCUGAUUUCCCAUCACAAAGCCCAUCAUGACGAGAAAGCAACAUGGGAGAAGGGCGAGAAAGAAGAGGCAACGGGAGUGCAGAGAAACAACUGUUCAGUCAGUGACACUAUCUCAUGAACCACAGUUUGUGGCUCUAAGAAAAUGGCUGCAACAGAGAGGCUUCAGCUCCAAGCUUCUAGUACCUGCACACUUCUCAGACACAGGACGUGGACUGAUGACCUUACAGCCUAUCAAGGCUGACGAUUUGGUGAUCUCCUUACCUGAAAAAUGCCUUUUAACUACCUCUACUGUUCUAAGGAGCUACAUUGGUGAAUACAUAGAAAGAUGGAAACCACCUGUGUCUCCUCUCUUAGCCCUCUGUGCUUUCCUCAUUUCUGAGAGACAUUUUGGCCAACGUGCAGAAUGGAAGCCCUACAUCGACGUCCUGCCCCAAAGAUACACGUGCCCUGCUUACUUCUCAGAUGAGGUCAUCAACCUGCUGCCGGGGAGUCUGAGUGGGAAGGCCCUGGAGCAGAGAGCCGUAGUUCAGGAGCUGCACUCCUCUUCGUUGGACUUCUUCAGUUCCCUCCAGCCUCUCUUCAGUCAGCCUGUGGAGAGUGUGUUCACGCAUGAUGCACUGCGUUGGGCAUGGUGCAGUGUGAACACGCGCACUGUGUACAUGGAGCACCUUCACAGCCCCUACAUGUCCAGGGAGAGAAAUGUAUAUGCCUUAGCCCCCUACCUGGACCUGCUCAACCACUGCCCAGCCAUACAGGUAAAGGCGAGCUUCAGCCAUGUGAGCAGGUGCUAUGAGAUCCGUAGCGUCCAAGGCUGCAAGAGAUUCCAGCAGGCUUUUAUCUGCUACGGUCCCCAUGACAACCAACGUCUCCUGUUAGAGUAUGGGUUUGUUGCUCCUGGAAACCCUCACAGUGUGGUGUAUGUGGACCAAGUUAUCCUUCAACAGUGCAUCUGUAUAACAGACAUAAAUCAGCUGGCACAGAAGCUACUCUUUCUGAAGAAAAAUGACUUCUUAGCAAACUUGACCCUUAGUUUGGAUGGGCCCUCCUGGAGACUGAUGACCACCCUCAGGCUGCUGUCACUUAAGACAGAACAAUACCCUUUCUGGAAGAGUGUCCUCUUGGGGGCGGUGGUGAGCCAGGACAGAGAGGAGUGGAGUGUCGAUGCAGCCCUUAGGCUUUGUCACUACCUGAUGGUUGACAACACUAAAGCUCUGGACAAGAUAUCCCAACUAACAGAGAGGGCAGACACGUCUCUCAAGGAGCAGCUAGCUGUGGUGGAAUGGCUACGACGAGAGGAACAAGGAAUUUUGGGUCUUAACCAGGAAAUGCUGCAGAGUCUUCAGAAACAAUUGUUGCCAAGCAGACAGAACAGCAUGCACAACUUAUUAUGACGUUCCAGAACCGGUCACUUUAUUUAUCUAUCACUGGCUAUGCUUGUAUGAGGAGACAACCAUGUCUGUUUCAUUAUCAGUGCAAUGAAUUGGCUCAGCAAAAGGGCACGGUCACUAGCUACAGUGAGGGGAAAAAAGUAUUUGAUCCCCUGCUGAUUUUGUACGUUUGCCCACCGACAAAGAAACGAUCAGUCUAUAAUUAAUGGUAGGUUUAUUUGAACAGUGAGAGACAGAAUAACAAAAAAAUCCUGAAAAAC